AUGCAAUCUAGUCCUACCACAAUUAGCUUUACAGCAACUCCAACAGGAGAAGGUGCUUGUACUGAUAAGAAAUCCCAACCCUUUCAAAAUCGCAUAAGAAAAUCAGUUACAAAAGAAGUAGAAUUUUUACUAAACAGCCCAAUCACAGAUACAGAAUCUGGAAAAAGACUCUAUAGUAUCUCUUAUGCGUGGGGACCAUUAAGACUUGGCCAUCCUAAAAUCAUAAAAACAAUCGAAUCAGGAAAAUUGGUUGAAAAAGACACUAUUGUCUACAUUUUCUAUAAUUCGUCCAAACCCACUAACCAGUUAACAAUACACCACCAAUUUGAUAUUGAUGACCAACUCCCUCGCGGCACUGACCUAGAAUAUAUUGUCGACCAAACCAUAAGAAUCCAAAAAACUGACUCCUGUAUCACAACAACUGAAGCAAACCAAAUCAUCGCUGAAAAGUGUUCAGAAAAAACAACGCGAUGGAUAUUGGAUAUGUUAAAUUAUCAACUCAUAUCCCAAGAAAAACAUCUAUGCCUCACAGUUAAAACGCAAAACGAGACCAAAAUAAACACACCAACAAAUACACUGGAGCUUGUCAGAUGCAGCAGACCAGAAAACAUCGACGGAAAUCAACAGUGGGUUUUCGGGACCAUCAACACAAAUCCAGAAAUCUUAGAAAAUUUUCCGGAAACAUCGAUCGACGAACUGGAAGAAAUUCAACUAGAACAACGAAGGACAAUGACCACUACCAUUAAUUCACCAAUAUUUGGAGGAUUGAUAAAAUUUAACCACGGCAAAGGAAAUAUAAUUUGGGACCUGAUCAACUGGGGAUUACUAAAAAGCGGAAAGCCACCAAACGAAAAAUGUGUCACAUACAAUGGCUUAGCAAACGUAUUAACAUUGGAAACCUGUGACCCAAAUUGGACACAAUGUCAGGAAAGCCUAAAAAAACUCAUCACCAGCAAUGACCCUCUUGUACAAACCCAAACAUCUGUAGCUAACUGUAGCCAGAGCAGUGACAAAGGCCAAGCCUUUGAAUACUCUGCUGAUUUUACAAUCAGACCUUUUAACACCAACCAUUGUAUAAAGGCAAAUACAUCAAUGGUAAUACUACAGGAAUGUUCAAAUACCAGCUCCAUCUGGGGAACCUUCGAUCACACAGGCCAAUUAAUGGCCACCGACCGGACUGGACUACACUCUCCAGCAUCAGACAGAAAAUGUCUCACCCUAAAAACAGGAAAAUUAGCACUAGGUCAUUGUCACGGAGGAAGCAAGAAACAGCACUUUAGUUUCGAAUACAAAAACCCACAUCAAAUAAAAACAUUAUCGGCCGCAGCAAUUAUAGCACUACACACACAACACUCACUAAAUGGUAAAACCCUACCGGUAAUUCCACCAAUAACUAGAAGAGAUAUCAACGAUGCGUCGUUACAAAACAAAAUGAGUGUACCACCUAGUCAAGAAAAAAAUCUAAAAAUGUCCACAACAGCAGUUACCCCUACUACUACAAUCACAACAAAGCCAAAAACUACUACGGUCAAAACUGCAGCAACCACAUCCAAAAUUACAAUAACCACCACAUCAAAACCAAUAACAACCACAACCACAAAACCAACCACAACCACAAAACCAACCACAACCACAAAAACCACCACCCCUACAAAACCCACCACCACUACAAAACCAACAACACCCAAACCAACAGCAACAACAAAGUCCCUACCAACAACAACAACAACACCCCCCCGAACAACCAUAGCCACAAUAAAUUCAACAAGUAUAAUCUCAACAACCACAACUACAGAAACUUCAAGGCUAAUACCAUACAAAAUUAUCUCUACACCGUCAACAACAGAAAGAAACAAAACAAUAGAAAAAGAGAUCAUCAUGGCAGAUGCUACAGAGAAGUGGCAAAUACCACCUGAAAAAGCUACCCAAAAUGAGGUGGAGGUACAAAUUAGAAAACAAACUUCCCUAAAAAUAGAAAAUCAGGCAAGUGAAGCAUUAAAAUUAACAACACUGGAUGAAAAUAGGAAACCGGAGGCAAGCACAUACCAGUCACCAAUCAACGAAGACCCUAACUACGGAUUACCAAAAUCUAUCAACGAACUUAAUAGACACCUUAAAUUUGAAAUCAGCAAAAUGCACGAGCAAUUCAAAAUUAGCAUGGAAACUGAACACGAGAACAAAUUAGCUAAGGAAAUCAGAGAUGUUUAUUGCCAGCUUUCAAAAAUUAAGAGAACACAGGCAAUAAUCCUGGCGCAAAGAAACGGAAUAUUAGCAGCCGCCGCCUUAGGAUUACCAGUAUGCAGUCGACUGUAUGGUUUUGGACAAGCCAUGACCCUACAGCAAUGCGAACCAAAAAGAAUAUUAAUAACUGCCAACGAAACAAAAUGUGGAUUCCAACCUUUUUUUAAUUAUGGAACAAGCGACUGCACAAUUGGAACCGAUGGAUGGUCAAUCCACCCGUACUCUGAGUGUUUUUGGAAAUCACAACUUGUAAACAUCAAUGGAUACCCUCAUGCUUGGGAGCACAACGAAACAAACGGUGAUUGGGUUAGACAGGAAGCCACCAUACACACACCGAAUUUGGACCUGAUAGCCGAAUUUGAAGAACUUCACUUAAACGACUUUGAUUUCGCCCUAAAGAGCCAUCCGGCCCAUGUUACAAUGGAGAUGGAACAACUAAAUAUACUGAACGACUUAGUAGGAAGGUUACAAGAAGGAGAAACAAAAUCUCUAUCAAAUAUCAUCGUGACCGAAGAACAAGAUAAUCAAAUUGGGAAUAUGUUUUCUUGGUUCGACACACUUAAAAUUAUGGGAUUAUCUGUAAUAGGAUUUAUACUCUUCCUGAUAUGCCUACGAAUCUUCAUAGUUUGCAACCUUUUCCCACGAAUCAUGCAUCAAGUAGAGAAGAGAAGAAAAAUACGAGAAGCAGAUGAAAGUAAAGACCGACAGGAAAUGGAUUCAAUGCUACCAGAAGGCGUAGAGGAACAGCCCUUCACACGAGAAUUUGCGCCACUACCACUAAUGGCUUCUUCCUCACAAGAUAGAGAAACAGCAAUUAAAAUAAGGAAACCAAGUGCACCCAGAACGGAAAAUUUAUACCCAAUGGCGGAAUUAAAAUGGGAAAAUGAGAACAAAAACUGCACUGGCAGUCAUACGACAUGCACCUACGUCGUUGGUUAUGGAAUGAUCAAUUACAUCGAAGUGGAAAAAGAGUCGGACAGCAACGGCGGCAGCAGUAGUACUGUAACUAUUCCUUUAGGAGUAGAAGAAGGACACGGAAGCGAAUAUAAUAGCGGCACUGAGAACGAAUUAGGUUAUUCUGCAUCUGAAGAAGAAUGCGUAAGUAAUGACGAAUAUAUGUUCCAGUACAGCCCAAUAUCCGAGGAGGAUCAGCAAGAGGAGGUGGACAUCAACCCUGAGGAUGUAUCGGAAGAAAACCUACAAGAUCCUGUGCACUCAGAACCUACCAGAUCGAAAAAUAAGAAUGGAGAACUUAGCACAAGCCCAACUAAAAAAUGGAAAUUGGAACUACGAAAUGAUUUACGCACCUCGGGAAUCCAUUCGAGAAUUCCUUUCUCUGAAUAA